CCUUGCGGAGCACGAAGCUAUUUAAUUCCUCUCGUCCGACUGUCUGUUUACGACUAUUUGUAUCAAUUGAUGCUAAUUAAAAAGCACAUUUUUACCCUAAUUAGUAGCACGUUUGGUGUGCAAUAAUCUAUGUAAAAAUUACCUGACAAUUUUUAUAAGUUUCUGCCGUCUGUCCAUCCGUCUGUUAAGGAAUUUUUUGUAUCAAUUUGACAAAAAGUUUUCAAAGUUAUGUGUGCUCGUUGGUCAAUAAAUAGUGGUGCAAACUAAUUCGACCAUUGUGUAUAUUUUUCCAUUUAUAUUGCACCAUUGGUGCAAGAAUACAUAUAUAAAAAUUAUGAUUUUUUUGUCGGCUUAUACCGCACCUUUGGUGGAAAGUCAUAUCUAUAUCAUUAUGACAGUGUGAGCUACUUCUAACGUUACUACGGUUUAUUUAUGUAUUUUAUAUUGUGUGUAAAUAUGUGAUUAAUUUGUUUUGUGUAAAAAUGAUGCAACACUGAGGUUUUCCCGAAUUGUUAUCUGUCUGGGGGUCACAUGCCUUUGCAGUUGCAUUUCAUUCCAUUGUUUUUUCCUCCCAUUCGAUCCACUCGUGACAGGCAAGUUAUCUCAAAUAACAUACAUAUUAUGAGUGCUUAAAUGAAUAGGAAUUUGAAUAUUUUACGGCUCAGAGGGAAUAUUUAUGUCGGAUAGAUAUGGGUAAAGAUACGUAGAAAGAUAAUGGAUCGAUGGAACAAAUAGAGCCGUGCACAUGGUCGGGUUUACCCUAAAAAACUGACGCUCAUUUUUAAGGAUAAAUAGCAUUUAUUAAAUAACGGCAGCAAUGCACAAGGAUUGGCUUAUCUAAACAAAUCGCCACCCUGUAGGAUGUCGGGCGGGCCGAUUUUUACAGAAAAACCCUAUAGAACCCUAUAGAAAAACCCUAUAGUGGAAACAGUGUCACCCACUGUGGCCGAAUGUCAGUGGACAAAGUGCCACGGAUUGUGUCCAAGUGUCACAGGAGGACACAGUUUCCAUAUACACAUACAUAUGGGUGUUGUCCACGGUGUCAGCCACUGUAGCUGGGUAUCGUCGGGCACAGUGUCAGUGUAACUAAUUAUGUCCGAGUGUCAGAGGACAAAGUUUCAGUGACUAGCUAAAACGCGCAUCUAUGGGCACAAGAUCAAUGUAUGACAGGAGAGCCACGAAGUCGCUGCAUGACAAGAGAUAAUGAAUGUAGGAAGAUUGAUUGAUUAUUAAUUAAUUGGACCGAAUUUGACAAUAAGAGUGCGUAGCUGAUAUUUCCCAGCCGUCAGUCGUGCUCAGAGUUUCAUUCGCCUUGGUCGAAAUAUGAAGGCCUUUCUGUGUUUUUUGUUAAUUGCUGGAGCAGCAGCAAGCCCCUACGCUCCUUUACGAUAUGAUGGCUACAAAGUGAUUCGAGCCGUUCCAUCGACUGAGGAACAAGUGGCGUCCUUAAAGAAGUUGGAAGCAUCGGGAUAUGACUUUUGGAAAGAUGCCGGGAAACCAGGCACGUCUGCGGAUAUUAUGGCGUCCCCAAAAAAAUUUGAUGAUUUGACCUCAUUCCUGUCGGAAAACAAUAUUCCCGCCAGCGUUAUCAUUGAUAACGUACAAAGCCUUGUGGAUCAAGCUCGGCCGUCUGGUAGAGACAAUCAAGACCCGACGAUGAAUUGGGAACAGUAUCAAACACUCCCAACGAUUUCUUCAUGGUUGCAAGCCCUACGGCAAGUUUUUCCAAAUUUGGUUAGCAUCCUGGAAAUUGGACAAUCCUCUGAAGGGCGACCACUCCAGGUGGUCAAAAUUUCUACAGGGGGCAAUCAAACCAAAGCGAUCUUCUGGAUUGACGCAACAAUCCACGCCCGAGAAUGGAUUGCCACCGGUAUUGCCACCUACAUCAUUAACGAGCUUGUCACGCGGUUCCACGCGUACGCUGAUCUCUUGGCGGGAAUUGAUUUUUACAUAAUGCCCAUCAUAAACCCGGAUGGGUACGAUUACACCCAUACGACGGACCGGAUGUGGCGCAAGACCCGAUCGGAUCACGAUUCACCCCUGGGAUGCAAAGGCGUCGAUGCGAACCGAAACUUUGGCUACGAAUAUGGAGGGCCGGGUAGCUCCACGGAUAAAUGUGCGGAAACGUAUCGCGGACCGGAAGCGUAUUCCGAGCCGGAAACGGAUGCUAUCGUUAAGUUCCUGGAUACCAUUAACAAAACGAGGAGAGAUGCAUUCGUCUCUCUGCAUAGCUAUGGCCAUCAAUUUCUCACACCAUGGGCUCACACGAACGCCUUCUUACCUCCAGACUAUCAGGAACUAAAAGACCUCUCCGACGUGGCAGUGGCAGAGCUAUUUUCAUAUUACAACACUACAUUCACGACGGGUCGGCCGAAUAAUGUGUAUUCAGGUUUCAGCAUGGACUGGGCCAAAGCCGAAGGUGGAUUCAAGUACGUGUAUCUGCUUGAAUUGAGGGAUACUGGGGCUCACGGGUUCAUCCUGCCCCCAGAACAGAUUAUCCCUUCUUCCAUCGAGACAUGGGCUGCGUUGCAGGUCGUGGCACGUUACCUCCUCCCCAUCCGCCUUGCUUAACGAAAAUAACCGCAGGAUACCUUCAUCUACAAAUAUAAGCAUAUUUUAAACAAUAUGAAAAUUCCCACUUAAUUUUGCGCAGAGGGAUGUAUAAAAAUUAAUUUAUUUUGAGAAUGUACAUAUAUGUAUGACGGGCGGAUUAUGUAAUGAAAUAAAUACUGAAGUAAAUAAGUA